GGCGAACGUGCGCGUGCGCGGCCGCCGCUCUGGGCCAUCAGGCGGCUGAGAGGACAGAGGAAGGGAGGGAGGGGCCGGAGCCGUCGACAGCUGGAAGAGGAGACCGGGUUGCGCUCCUGGCUGCGGAAGGAGAAAGGGGCGGGGCCGGCGGGCCUUGUGUAGAGGUGUCGAGCUCCUGGGGCCGGCGGGCCCUCGGGCGUCUGUGGCCCUUGCCGUGGCAGUGGCCGCCGCCGUCGCUUGGUCCCCGUCGGUCUGCGGGAGGCGGGUUAUGGCGGCGGCGGCAGUGGGAGCUGUGAAUGAAUUCUCCGGGUGGACGAGGGAAGAAGAAAGGCUCCCGCGGCCCCAGCAGCCCGGUGCCUCCCAGGCCUCCGCCUCCUUGCCGGGCCCCCGCCCCUCCCGCCGCCGGGCGGGCCCCAGCGCGCGAGUCGCCGCAUAAGCAGAACCUGUAUUACUUCUCCUACCCGCUGUUCGUAGGCUUCGCGCUGCUGCGUCUGGUCGCCUUCCACCUGGGGCUCCUCUUCGUGUGGCUCUGCCAGCGCUUCUCCCGCGCCCUCAUGGCAGCCAAGAGGAGCUCCCGGGCCGCUCCGGCGCCGGCCUCGGCCUCGCCCCCGGCGCCGAUGCCGGGCGGUGAGGCCGAGAGCGUCCGAGCCUUCCACAAACAGGCCUUCGAGUACAUCUCCAUUGCCCUGCGCAUCGACGAGGACGAGAAAGCAGGACAGAAGGACCAAGCUGUGGAAUGGUAUAAGAAAGGUAUUGAAGAACUAGAAAAAGGAAUAGCAGUCAUAGUUACAGGACAAGGUGAACAAUGUGAAAGAGCUAGACGCCUUCAAGCUAAAAUGAUGACUAAUUUGGUUAUGGCUAAGGACCGUUUACAACUUCUAGAGAAGCUGCAACCAGUUUUGCCAUUUUCCAAGUCACAAACGGACGUCUAUAAUGACAGUACUAAUUUGACAUGCCGGAACGGACAUCUCCAGUCAGAGAGUGGAGCUGUUCCAAAAAGAAAAGAUCCCUUAACACACACUAGUAAUUCACUGCCUCGUUCAAAAACAGUUAUGAAAACUGGAUCCACAGGUCUUUCAAGCCACCACAGGGCACCUAGUUGCAGUGGUUUAUCCAUGGUUUCUGGAGUGAGACAGGGACCUGGUCCUGCAGCUACCACUCAUAAGGGUACUCCUAAAACGAAUAGAACAAAUAAACCUUCUACCCCUACAACUGCUCCUCGAAAGAAGAAAGACUUGAAGAAUUUUAGGAAUGUGGACACCAACCUUGCUAACCUUAUAAUGAACGAAAUUGUGGAUAAUGGAACAGCUGUUAAAUUUGAUGAUAUAGCUGGUCAAGAGUUGGCAAAACAAGCAUUACAAGAAAUAGUUAUUCUUCCUUCUCUGAGGCCUGAGUUGUUCACAGGGCUUAGAGCUCCUGCAAGAGGAUUGUUACUCUUUGGUCCACCUGGAAAUGGGAAGACAAUGCUGGCUAAAGCAGUAGCUGCAGAAUCUAAUGCAACCUUCUUUAAUAUAAGUGCUGCAAGCUUAACUUCAAAAUAUGUGGGAGAAGGAGAGAAAUUGGUGAGAGCUCUUUUUGCUGUGGCUCGAGAACUUCAACCUUCUAUAAUUUUUAUAGAUGAAGUUGAUAGCCUUUUGUGUGAAAGAAGAGAAGGGGAGCAUGAUGCUAGCAGACGUCUAAAAACUGAAUUUCUAAUAGAGUUUGAUGGUGUACAAUCUGCUGGAGAUGACAGAGUACUUGUAAUGGGGGCAACUAAUAGGCCACAAGAACUUGAUGAGGCUGUUCUCAGGCGUUUCAUCAAACGGGUAUAUGUGUCUUUACCAAAUGAGGAGACAAGACUACUUUUACUUAAAAAUCUGUUAUGUAAACAAGGAAGCCCAUUGACCCAAAAAGAACUAGCACAACUUGCUAGAAUGACUGAUGGAUACUCAGGAAGUGAUCUGACAGCUUUGGCAAAAGAUGCAGCACUGGGUCCUAUCCGAGAACUGAAACCAGAACAGGUGAAGAAUAUGUCUGCCAAUGAGAUGAGAAAUAUUCGAUUAUCUGACUUCACUGAAUCCUUGAAAAAGAUAAAACGCAGCGUGAGCCCUCAAACCUUAGAAGCGUACAUACGUUGGAACAAGGACUUUGGAGAUACUACCGUUUGAGGAUAUACCUUUGUUAGCCUGCAGAACAUUUUACUUAACAAGAGAGAAACUCACAGUCUUCAGUGAACAGUUAUCAGCUACAGAAUCGCAGCCUAAGUUUACAGGAUUUUGCAAAGUCUUACAUAUUUGUGCACCAAACUUGAACCAGAAAACAAAUUUAAAUAAAAUAUACAAUGCGAAUGAAAUAUUUUCUUGUUUAAGGCUUUCUUGCCUUGAUGGUCAUGGUUAUCCUAAUGAGCACUGUAAGUUAGAGCACAACACAAACUGAUUCUGGUCUUCUUUACUGUUAUAAUCAUAAUGUAAAUAAUAAUUUGUAUAUCAUGUUGCAGAUGAAAGUAUUCCAGAGACAGUGAAUGGUAGAAGACAUAAGAGGCUUUGGUUGUUCGUCUUCUGGUGUUUUUCUUAAAAUAGUAAUUUUUCCUACUUUUCUUUCCCACUGUUGUCUUAACCAUGGGUGAUUGGAAUGCCAAACACUCUUAAGUUUCUUUUUUGUUUGUUUUUUGUUUUUUUAAAUAAAUUCAGUGUGCCAAAUGAAACUUUUUUCUACGUAACAGUAAUAGGAAAAAGUUAUGUUGAGGGUUUUUUCUUCAUAAAUCUACAGACAUCAUACAAUUGUUGUGUUCUUUUCACUUCUUAUUUUUCUAUUACCUUGCUACCAAACAAUUUAGAAAGCAAUAUAAUAGCAACAACACAAAUCUGGUAGAAUAGACAAGGUUUGAAGGUUUGAGCUACUCUAUCGUAUAACAUGUGUAAAUCAGUCUUCAUGUGACCUGCAGUAUUUUUUCUAAUAUAUUUGUCAAAAAUCUACUGUAGACUGUUAACUUAUUUCUGAUGGAAUUUAUUUUCUGCUAGAAUUAUUCUAAUAUUGCUCUAAAACUGAUUCCAGUGUGAGAGAAGGGAAAUACUUGGAGCUAAGACAUUUCUAAUUUAUUGCUUAUUACUUUCUUACUGUUUACAGGAUAAUGAGAAGCCAGUGGAAAUACCAUCUUUUAUUCCUAAUAAUUAUUAAUCCCUUCAAUGAAACUUUAAAAAAAUACUGAAUUUUUAUACAUUGCAUACAUUUUAUAGGUUUCUUGUGCUCUCUUUAUUAACUAAAAAGUUCUAGUCUGUCGAUCUGCCUUUUGUUCCCCAAAAAUGUACAGUAAUUCUGUUUCUUGUUUGUAUAAAUAUGCCUGGAUUUUUAUUAUAAAAUGUCAUUGUAGGAAGUAGACUCAUGUCAUGGCCUUUUAAAUAUUGUAAUAAAGGCAAAUGGAUAUUUGCCCUUAGUUUACUGGUUAAAAGUUUGUUUACAGAAUUUUUCUUUGGUGCUUAAAUGAUGCUAUGUAAAAUCUCUUGGAUGGAAAGAAUAAUUUGUAGAAAUAACAAAGAUUUUUCAUUUAGGAAAGAUUUAUUUGGUUUUGAGAGAAUACAUUAAAAUGAAAACUUUGCCCCAAAUAGAUAAGAAUUUUAUAAUAAAGACAUAAAUUAUUCUUAAUUUUACUCUUGCUCUUGUAGAAGACAUAUAAUUUCUUAAGAUCAUACACUGUUUGUAGCCAUAAUUUGAAUGAUGUCUCUUUUAAUCAUGACUUUAGAACUCCCUGCAUAAUAAAAAAUGAGAGUUGAGAUCAACAGGAAAACAUUUUAAACCAGAGCUAUGCAUAUUUUAUAUGGGUAGUAUCUUUUUAAGAUAUCAAACAUUAAAGCAUCAGUUAGAAAAUAUUGAUAAUGAAAGGUGGUAGUUAAGUAUAUGAAAAGAAUUGGGGGAAAUUUCAAAUUAAAAUAUUUUUAAGAAAGCCCAUAAAAUUGCAUUUUGUUUUCAUUUAGAAAGGGAUUAAGAUUAUUGAUAUUUAGAUAACUAGCUAAUCAUAGUAAAGAACUAUGGGGUUCCAGCUUAACUUUUAAAAUAUCUCCUUUAAAAUUAUCAUGAUUAUUCCAUUGGGAAAGUUUUUGGAUAACAAAGAUUUCAAAUGUUAAAAGAUAUAAAAGUUAUAAAUAUUGAAUCAGAAAAUUAUAUUGCUGUAUAGAAGUUACUUUACUUUCCUGAUCAAGUCUGGAAUUCAGCUAGUGCUAGAGAACUAUUUUCUAUGACUUACUAUGACUGAGUUUUAUUUUAAGCUGUAUUUCUAUCAGAGAAGGGCCAUGAAAAUAGAAUGAUGAUUUAGUAGAUAAGAGAUUGGUUUGGUCUUUUUCAAUAAAGAUAGAAGUUGUUGAGGUUUUCUGAAUUAAUAUUGACCUAGAUUGUGACCUUUUAGAUUUUGUGUUGAGUUCUAUUAUAUUACUUCCUAGAAGAUAUUGCUUAAACAUUAAGCGUUAGAGUGCUCUUCAUGUUAAUGUGGCAGAGUUUUGUAAACUAAAUUAGAACUUGCUGAUAUGUACUGGACUUUGAGCCAAGGGAAGGAAUCAGUACUGUCCUCCCAGAUAUACUAAAAGUAAAAGCUUACUCUGAGAUAGUCUGCCCAUUGAGGUUAUUGGAUUUCUGACUUGGAAAUAUGCUUCGUGCUCAAGAAGAAUUGGAGGAAAAGAAGAUAAUAGAAUUCUAAUUUAAGUAUGGCUACAGCAGUCUUUGUUUAUAGUGUAAAAUUCUUUAUAUUUUGUACAAAAGGUAAUUCUUUUGGUAAAAUGAACCAUUUAUAGUUUGUUUUUAAACUCAGAGUCGAAGGAGUUUUCCUUUAAAUGUUUGUCUCAAUUUUAGUCUGGUCUUUUGUACUUUUUUCUGGAAGAAAUGAAUUAAAGAGUACAGCUGCAUAAAGUAGGUUUUUCCCUAAUGGAUUGGAAAUAAAUGAUAAA